CCACGUUAUCGCUUUCCUCCGCUCCUCUUUGUCUUCCGGUCGUACAGGAAGCCACCGCGUCACUGCUGACGUGGUCUCAGGUUCAGGACCUCGCGACUUUCACGACUUUAAACCUCGCGUAGCGGGCGUUUCCCCGCGGAAAAUAAGUACUUAGCGAGCUCGAAAUUCACCAUGGCCAACAGUCUGCUAGACUCUAGCUCCGGGGACACGGAGCCAUGGGGUAAUAAUAAUACCGCCGCGACGAACGCGGGCGUUAAUGGCCCAACGGAGGGCAAUGGUAUUCUGGGGGGAAAUAGUAGCGAAAUGAGUAGCGAACACCCCGCGGUGCUAGUUAGCGGCAAAGAUGCCGGGUUGAAUCUGCCGCCGGAGACGGCGGAGAAUCUGGUGAUCCUAGAAGACCCAGGCACGGGCCACCGAGCCUACAUCGUAGGCUCGGCGCACGUGUCGAAGCAGGCGGGGACGGACGUGGAGCGAGUCGUGUCGGCGGUUCAACCGGAGAUACUAGCCGUUGAGCUCGAUCGCGAGCGCCUGAAGAACAUCAUGGCUAUUUUGGCUGGCGAUGGCCCCAGGGAGCCGCCCAAGACUGUCUUUAAGGCGCUGAGAACCAUGUAUUCGGCCAAGAUGGGGUCGCUCUCCCUCUUCUUCAACCUGCAGGGCAGCUUCGUUUCUGCUCUGCUGGGAGUGCCAUACGGCUACGACAUGAUGACAGCUGUUAAGGUGGCGGAGGACAGUGGUGUGCGUGUGGCCCUUGUUGACAGGUCAUCCUUCCUCACGCUCGUCCGCCUCAUUGACCAGACUCGCCGCAUCCCCUCGUCGCCUCCCCCCAUCGACGAGCGCAGCAGGGGCGAGGGCCGCAAGGCUCGAUUCGAUCGAGUGAGGAGGCAGAUGGUGCAGAGGGCGAGAGACGCGGGGUGCGACGAGCCAGCAGCCACCUUCGACUCCUUCAUCACUGUCCUCUCCACCGCCUUCAAAGGCAAGGAGGUCCCUCUCGACGACUUUCGCCGCGUGCGCGCCUGCGGGCGCCGCGUGGUGGAGUCGUUCCGCCACUCCGCCAUCCACCACUCCCUGCUGCCGCCUGCCGCCGCCGCCGCUUUCUCUCUCCCAUCUCCUGCCGCUGCUGACUCGCCUGCCGCUGCGGGUACCACCACAGCUGGUGCUGCUGGAGAGGCAGCAGCAGGAGGAGGAGUAGCAGGAGGAGGAGUAGCAGGAGGGUACCAGAGCCCGUGGUGUCCCAAGCGGCAUGUGAGGGAGAGGGUGCCUAUGGAGGCGGUUGUCACGAGCGCCACAGACACGGAUCUCCCCCCUGCAAUCGUGUCGGAGAGGGAUUUGAUUCUGGCCCAGAACAUCCGCAAGUGCACGGAGAUCGGGCCCACAGUAGCAGUAGUCGGGGCGGGGCACAUCCCUGGCAUCAUCCACCGCUGGAACGAUGCUCUCUCACCCUCCUCACGCCUCGAAGCCAUUUCCUAUCUUCUCCCCCCCAACAUGCGAGCCCGCGAGCUCUCCUCCUCGAUCCCCUCCUCUCUCCCGGCCCCCUCCUCUUCCCCCGACGCAACCUCUAUUCCAGAUAUCCACCAGCCAUUCCCCAUAACUGAUUCCUUCCGAACCGCCGCUGAGGCAUCCCCCUUCACACCCAACUCCGGCGCCUUUCCCUCGCCUCCCAAGCUCGGGCCGCUGGUGCUCGCAGCAGGGCUGCUCGGCCUUUCGUUCUACCGCCCGCGCGCCGCGAUGUUUUUAGGAGUGAGCCUUGGGUCUGGCAUCAUGGCGUCUCAGCUGCUGAUGGCGAGUGCGUUUGCCAAGGCGGGGAGGGUGGUGGGGGCGCUGGAGGACGCUGGGAGGCGACUUGGAGAGGAGGAGGAUGAUGGUGCGUUGUGGUGAGUUGAUGAGGCUUGUUUUGGCGUUCGCAGCUGCUGAUUGCGAGUGUGGUGGAGAGUGUGCUUUUGCCGAGGGGGGGAGGAUGGUGGGAGGAGAUUGUGAGAGGAGUAUGGUGCGCUGAGGGGAAAUGUUCAUAGGUGGGGGCGUUGGAAGAUGCUGGGGGGGAGAUAGGAAGAGGAGGAGGCUGGUUUGGAGAGGAUGGUGCUCUGUGGUGCGCUGUUGAGGUUGAUGAGGCCGGUGUCUUGGCGUCAUGGCCGUCUCAGCUGCUGGUAGCGAGCACGUUUUUUGAGGCGCCUAAAAAAAUAAGAAUAGAGCUGCUGAUAGCGAGCACGUUUGCCAAGGCAGGGAGGGUGGUGGGGCCGUUGGAGGACUCUGGGGGGAGACUUGGAGAGGAGGAGGAGGGUGCGCUGUAGUGACAGGGAGUAGAGGUGGGUGGGUGGGGUUGUGGGUGUGGGCAUGUGAAGUGAAUUUGGGAAUGUGGGAAUGUGGAUGUGGGUGAAUGAAUGAAUUUGGCUCAAAGACUUCGAGUGUGGGAAUGCGGGCGUAUUCCUACUGUUCAGGAUCAGGAUCAGGAUCAGGAUCAGGAUCAGGGUCAGGAUCAGAAAAACGGAGUUGAUCCUGGUGGGUGGGCAACCUAGAACGCCAGGAUCAGCUCGGGAUUGUAGCCACGUCACGUCGCGAAGGUGACUGCCGAUUGGAUAUUGGUGUAGAAUGUCAAACAUAAGCAUAACUCAUGUUUGUAUAGACUGUAUAGGGUCGCCUCUUAGAGGGUACAACACUCUUAGGUAUAUACCCUUGUACUCUCUCUCUAUUCAAGCAUUC